CCGUUUUUAGUUUUUUUAUAAUUUUCUUGCUUCUUCCUCACUCUUCUAUAUUUACUAUUAUGAUUUCGCGGGUGGAAAUCGGGUGCCGUCGUCGUCGUCGUCGUCGCCGCUCGGUUUUUCCCCUCGUAUCAGACAAUAACAGUCUAUUUACAGAUCGCUAAUUCUAGACUUUGCAGUUGAUUCAUAUCCCUCAUUUUUGAUUUGACAGAUAAAUCAAAGAUGGGGGUAAUGUCGAGGCGGGUAUUACCUGCUUGUGGUAAUCUAUGUUUCUUUUGUCCAUCGUUGAGAGCUAGAUCCAGACAACCUGUCAAAAGAUAUAAGAAACUUCUCUCUGAGAUCUUCCCUCGUUCUCAGGAUGCUGAACCAAAUGAUAGAAAAAUUGGGAAGCUCUGUGAAUAUGCGUCAAAGAAUCCUUUACGCAUUCCGAAGAUUACAGAAUAUCUGGAGCAAAGAUGUUACAAAGAUCUGCGGAAUGAGCACUUCGGCUCAGUAAAAGUUGUAUUGUGCAUUUACAGGAAACUGCUAUCCUCAUGUAAGGAGCAAAUGCCACUAUUUGCUAGCAGCUUACUGACUAUUGUGCGGACCCUUCUAGAACAAACGCGACAGGAUCAGAUGCGCAUUCUUGGUUGUCUUACUCUUGUGGAUUUUGUCAAUGGGCAGAUAGAUGGCACACAUAUGUUCAGUUUAGAAGGCUUUAUUCCUAAACUUUGUCAACUGGCUCAAGAAGUCGGAGAAGAUGAAAGAGCUCUCACUUUACGCUCAGCUGGACUUCAAGCUCUCGCUUUCAUGGUGUGGUUCAUGGGCGAGUAUUCCCACGUCUCAAUGGAUUUUGACGCUAUUAUAUCAGCUACUCUUGAAAAUUAUGCAAAUCCCCAAAACUCCCAGGGUGUUCAAGAAGCUGCCUCAUUGCCACCCCAACAGAAUAUAAAACCCAUGGUUAACGUGGGGAUGGAUGUUUCCAGGAGCCCCACAUAUUGGUCUAGGGUUUGUUUGCACAAUAUGGCUGGAUUAGCGAAGGAGGCAACUACAGUCAGACGUGUGCUUGAACCGCUCUUUCGCUGCUUUGAUGCAAGAAAGGACUGGUCUCCUGAGAAUGAUCUUGCCUCUUCUAUUUUAUUGGACAUGCAAUCCGUAAUGGAGAAAUCAGGGCAAAACACCAAUCUGUUAAUAUCCAUCUUGGUCAAGCACUUGGAUCAUAAAAAUGUCAUAAAAAACCCCAGGAUGCAGGUUAAUAUCGUUAAUGUUACCAUACAGCUAGCACAAAACACAAAGCUGCGUCCCUCGAUUGCAAUCGUUGGUGCAAUUAGCGACCUGGUAAAACAUUUGCGGAAAUGCAUGCAGUAUUCAGCUGAAGCAUCAAUCCACGGGGAUAAUACAGACCGGUCUAACAGCGCACUUCAAUCUGCAUUGGAAGAGUGCCUCACGGUGUUUACCAAUAAGGUUGGGGAUGUGGGACCCAUUUUGGAUAUGAUGGCCGUGGUGUUGGAAAGUAUCCCGACAGCUAAUACUGUUGUGGCUAGAAGUACGAUCUCAGCUGUUUAUCGCGCUGCACAAAUAAUCUCUACGGUCCCGAAUGUAUCAUAUAAUAUGAAGGCCUUCCCAGAAGCUCUAUUUCAGCAGUUGCUUUUAGCAAUGGUUCACCCCGACCAUGAAACAAGAGUUGGGGCCCACCAUAUCUUUUUUAUUGUUCUUAUUCCUUCACUUGCACAACCUUUGUCAUAUGAAUCUGAAAAAUCCUCACAAACGGAUGUAAGUUCUCUUCGGAUGAGCAGUCACCAAGUGAGUCUUCUGCUUUCAUCAAUUUGGGUUCAAGCAACAUCAACAAAGAACUCACCCGAAAAUUUUGAGGCGAUUGCUCACACUUAUAAUCUAGGUCUACUCUUUUCUCGAUGGAAGACCUCAAGUCAAACGUCUCUAGUUCGGUGUUUCCAGCUGGCUUUCUCGCUAAGGAGUAUCUCUAUUGAACAAGAAGGAUUUUUGCAGCCAUCUCGUAGAAGAUCUUUGUUUACCUUGGCCUCAUGCAUGCUAAUAUUCUUAGCCAGGGCAAGCAGUCUUCCGGAUAUAAUACCUUUUAUCAAAGCAACACUCACAGAUAAAACGGUUGAUCCUUUUCUUGAGUUGGUUGACGAUAUAAAGCUGCAAGUAGUUCACACAAUAUCGAAUGGAGAGAAGGCAGUUUAUGGAUCUCAGGAAGAUGAGGAAGCUGCUUUGAAGUCCCUCUCAGAAGUUGAAGUAGACAAUGGAGAAUUAAAAGAAACUCUAAUAUCGCACUUCAUGGAAAAAUUUCGCCAAAUGUCUGAGGAUGAGUUGUUGGACAUAGAGAAACAACUUGAAGAGGGAUUUUCACCUGAUGAUGACUUCCCAAUGGGAACAGGAUUGUUAAUGGAAACACCACAACCAGGUUCGCCAGUGCAAAAGGAGUUUCAAUCUUUUGAUGAGUUAACUCAGGCUGCCAUGAGUGACGAUGAAGCAUUUCCAGAGGCAACUGGAAGCCAAUUGGACCAGAGAACAUCAAUUUCAAACAAUUCAGUCGAUGUUUUAAGCGUUAACCAACUAUUAGAAUCGGUUUUGGAAACAGCUAGGCAAGUUGCAAGCUUCCCUGUGACCACCACUCCUAUACCUUACGACCAAAUGAAGAGUCAAUGCGAAGCCCUUGUAAUGGGUAAACAUCAGAAGAUGUCAGUUCUUCUAAGCUUCAAAAAUCGAAAAGCAAAUGGGUUGGAGUCGUUGGACUCAUCCACACAGAAUGAAACAACAGCCCAUGAUGUUUCGGACAUGGAGGGGGAUGCGAAAACAAAAGAUAUGGAAGUUGAGCAGCAAGAUACUGCAGCAGCCCAGGAGGAGGAGCUCCUCAUCCAAUCUAAUAUCGAAAAGGAGCAACCUUCUUUCAGAUUACCGCCUUCAAGCCCUUAUGACAAAUUCUUGAAAGCUGCAGGAUGCUGAAGGGAUUAUUAUCAAUUUAUUGUACUAGAGGCAGGCACUAGCCUAUGAUUUGGAGCAUUGCAUGCGUGUAAACUAUGCUUAGAUAUUCAUCCCUAUUCUGUAUUAUUGUUUGUUCUCUUCUAACUAAUUUUUUCAUUCUUUUGUCUGCAGAAGCUGAAGUAUAGCUUACAUGCAAGCAAACAUCAUAUUCUUUAGAUUUAUUGUAGACUCGAGAGAAAAUUUAAGAAAAGACUCGAGAGAAAAUUUAAGAAAAUUUCUAUUAUUGCAUAUAACAACAUUUCUUAUUUGUACAA